AUGGUUUCAUGGUUCACGUGCUUAUGCAAAAUGCUUUCUAGCUACCCUGAAAUCUUCCUUGCAUUUGCUUGUUUCUUCUUCAUUAAGAUGUUGAGAAUCAAAGGCAAUGUUCUCGUGAACUGGCCUAUCUUCGGCAUGUUGCCAUCUCUUCUUCUCAAUUCCCACCGUUUGCAUGAUUGGUUCAACGAAGUCAUGGCCAGAAAUGGUCUUACAUUCGUUUUCUAUGGCCCUUGGUUUACUCAUAUGGAUGCCGUGAUAACAUGCGAUCCAGCUAACGUGAACCAUGUCAUGCAUACCAACUUCUCCAACUUCCCAAAGGGUUCUGAUUACAUCAAGAUGUUCGAUAUACUUGGAGAUGGGAUCUUCAAUUCAGAAUCUGAGUCGUGGAGAUUUCAACGAAGAAAAGCCCAGGCUCACCUCAAAUGUACACGAUUCCGUCGGUUUAUGGCCAAGACUACAAAAGAGAAGGUGGAGAAGGCGCUUGUUCCGGUCCUUAAUCACAUCAUGCAAAAAGGAAAAUACGUAGAUUUGCAAGACGUAUUACACAGGUUCAUGUUCGAUAACACCUUCAUUUUGGUUUUUGGGGUUGAUCCAAAAUGCCUAUCUACCGACUUCCCAGAACUUCCUCCUAUUGUCAAGGCCAUGGAUGAUGCGGCUGAGGCGGUGUUAUUCCGUCACUUGGUGCCUCAAAGCUGGUGGAGGUUGCUAUGGUGGCUAAAGAUAGGAAAGGAGAAGAAGCUGUAUGAAGCUUGGAAAACCAUUGAUAAUUUCGUAUACCAAAGAAUUUCAAUGAGAAGGAAAGAAAUAAAAGAAACCAAUGGUUUAGAGGAAUCUGGGGAUUUGCUGACAUCUUACAUGGAUGAGAUGGAAGGAGGAGCGGAAUCCGAUUCGUUCCUCAGAGACACUGUGCUUAAUUUCUUGUUUGCAGGGAAGGAUACCACAAGCGCCGGCAUUACAUGGUUCUUCUGGAUAAUUUCUAAGAACCCAAGUGCCAAAACCAAAAUCUUGGAAGAACUCAAAGCAAUCGCAGCUAAAAAAGAACAAGUGUCACUGACCCAACUGACGGUGUUCGAUACUGAGGAGCUUAGCAAGCUGGUUUAUCUACAAGCAGCCUUGUGCGAAUCGCUACGGCUAUUCCCACCUGUUCCGUUCGAGCACAAAGGAGUUCUUCAGACUGACAUUCUUCCCAGUGGUGAAACGGUCCAAGCAAAUACAAAGAUUAUAUUCUCGUUGUUUUCGAUGGGGAGGAUGGAAGCAAUAUGGGGGAAAGAUUGCUUAGAAUUCAAGCCAGAGAGAUGGAUAACCGAGCAAGGCACCUUGAAAUUCGAACCUUCCUACAAGUUCACGGCAUUCAUUACUGGACCGAGGAGUUGCUUAGGUAGGGAGUUGGCUUUUACUCAAAUGAAGGCUGUUGCUGCGGCGGUGCUUUACAAUUUUCAAGUUCACGUGAUGGACGGCCACCCUGUGUCGCCGAAAUUCUCGGUAGCUCUCCAUAUGAAGGAUGGUUUGAUGGUCCGAAUCAGUAAGGAAGAUGUUCAUGAAUCGUGA